UAAAUCAAGAAUUUACAAACUUAUUAAAACUAACUAUGAAACAGAAUUUUAUGUGAAAGAGUCACUAACUUUUCACUUUCAUAGUGGUAUGUGGCGAAGCACCCAUGAGCAACCCAAUAUUAUAAAAUAUAUUAACAGUACAUUAGGCACGUAGUCUCUUUCAUUUCUUCUUUAAACAGACUUUAACUUUAUUUGUUCAAAGAUGCAUUUAACAUUUUCUUACAGCAUGUACAUGUAGUUACAGAUGCAUUCACAGUUUCCUCAAGUUUUUAUGUUAGGAAACUUAUUGAAGAGUCGACCAAGACCCACCUAUUGGUAUAGAUAUGAACCAAACAGAGGGUGAUGACACUGAAAGGCUAAAGAAAGCGGAGAAAAAGUUACAUGAAGCGGAACAAGAAAACAAAGUUCUUGUUGAAUCGAUAACAGCACUGAAAGAACAAGUUGAAAAAGCUAUGAAAUCUAAGGAUGACCUUGAGGAAAGUUUGAGGAAAAAAGCAAAGCAGCAUGCUGAUUUAGUUGAGACGUACUGCAACAUUGAAAAAGAAAAUCAAAAUUUGAAUCAAAAGGUUUUUCAGCUAGAGGAAGGUGAAAAUGAUAAACUGGGGAAGGAAAGCAAUAAACAGGGAGAAAGCAUACAGCAUUUACAAGCAGUGGUAAACAGACGAGAAAAGGACAUCAAAGCCAAAGACCAUGGCUAUCAAAGAUUGUUGAAAACUUCUCAAGCUGAUAAAAAGGAGUAUGAAGCGCGACUAGAGAAAAGGGAAGAACAGAUAUAUGCUUUGAAUAAAAGACUUUCAGAAUUUGAAAAUACGAAAGCACGAUAUGCUACUGAAUUAAAAAGAUUAAAAGAGUAUGAAACGAUACAUCAGACUUUACUAGAUGACAUUCGUCGACAGGAAAUUCAGUUGAAGAACGCUGAAAUGGACAAGUUGUCAUACAAAAAGACAAUGCAGUCGGUUGAACGGGCAAAACAAACACUUUGGGAAGAAAAUCAAAGUUUAUUACUUCGGUUAAGCAAGAUAGCAGGUGCCAAUCUAACUCACGAAAAUCCAAAUAUUGCGGAUCUUAGCGAUGGCAAACGACCAACACAACUUGCUGAAGAAUACUCCGAGCUCUACGACAACGAAUGGACUGACGCUUUCGAAGACCAUGGCUAUCAAAGAUUGUUGAAAGCUUCUCAAGCUGAUAAAAAGGAGUAUGAAGCGCGACUAGAGAAAAGGGAAGAACAGAUAUAUGCUUUGAAUAAAAGACUUUCAGAAUUUGAAAAUACGAAAGCACGAUAUGCUACUGAAUUAAAAAGAUUAAAAGAGUAUGAAACGAUACAUCAGACUUUACUAGAUGACAUUCGUCGACAGGAAAUUCAGUUGAAGAACGCUGAAAUGGACAAGUUGUCAUACAAAAAGACAAUGCAGUCGGUUGAACGGGCAAAACAAACACUUUGGGAAGAAAAUCAAAGUUUAUUACUUCGGUUAAGCAAGAUAGCAGGUGCCAAUCUAACUCACGAAAAUCCAAAUAUUGCGGAUCUUAGCGAUGGCAAACGACCAACAAAACUAGCUGAAGAAUUCUCCGAGCUCUACGACAACGAAUGGACUGACGCUUUCGAAGCGAUAGAAAUUGAGGAUGAUAAAGAAAAAACAACAUUGAUGUUGAAGAUUCUACAGAGAGCAAAUAAGAUUUGUCACGAGCUGUCAAAUGCACAUCUGCAAAAUAUAAAGGAGAGUCUAUGUUCAUUAACUCUGCAUAUACAUGUUCCACCGGGUAACAUAGACAAACGACAAACUAAAGAAAUGGUAAAUGGUACCGACAACCGACAGACGGAGAUGAAUGUAAAUCCAAAGGCAAGUCUUAUUUACUUGAAUCAGCAAAAGCAGAAUGCAGAAUGGAUUCACGCGGAAACCUCCACCGAAAAAAAUGUUGACGAUGAAAAUAUCAAUAAGGAUCAAAGUACUAGCGAGCCAGUGUCGGAUCAACAGCAAAGUCAGAGUGUUGAUCCAUUAAGAGAAGAUGGUCAUGCAAAACAUACCAGCCAUAAAAUGCAUUUGGUGGAAAAGCAAGAGGAAAUUGAUCAUUCUAACAAAUCAUCUGCUUCAGGAAAAAAUGCUGCUGGUCAGGGCAUACAUGUUGAAGAAGAAGGAUAUCGUUUUGAAAGUGAGUGUGUGAUUGUGGGCAACGCUGAACAAAUCAAUGACGAUGUCGUUUCUGACAAGACGCGAGUGGUUCCUAACAAGUCGUCACUACAGGUUUCUGACAAGAUACAAAAAGUUCAUGACAAGAAAAAUGUUGCUCCCCAUCAGGUACAAACAGUUCCCAACAAGACAGAAACAGUUUUUAGGAGGAAACAAGUUGAUCCUGUCAUGACGCAACUAAGUCUUGCCGAGACAAAAGUAGUUCUUGAUCAGAAUCAAGUCGUUCCUGACACAAAACAGAUGCUUCAAGUGGUCUAUGAUUUCGAAAAAAUGCCAAAUGACCAAAAGAAGGUGGUAAUGGAGCUACGGAAAUUCAUCGAAAUCAGACUUUCAGAUCAGCUGGAGACGGCUGCUACAACAUUUAUUGCUUUUGAAUUUGAUCUUGAUCCUGAGAAAAACGAGUUGAUUGUCGAAUUUGUCAGGAAAUGCAUGAACGUGUGUUGGUCAAUGUGCAGGCAGGAACCGCCAGUACAUAUUGGCUUCCCAUCUAUACAAGGAGAUCAGAGUUACGAUACCAGUAUUUAUAAGCCGUACACGAAAACGGGGAAAUUUCUAGAUUUUGUUGUAUGGCCUGCUGUGUAUCUUCAUGAGGGAGGGCCAUUGCUGAGCAAGGGAGUUGCACAGGGACGAAAUUGACGUAUUAAUUUUAGAGUAACAGUUUGAUGAUUUUAUUUGUAAAGCUGCCUAAAAUCGACAGAAGAAUGUUCUGACACUUUUAUCAGCUUAAUUCCGUAGCGGUAUAAACUCUAAAUAUACACAAUUCCUUGUACUUACUGCAAUAUUACGGUUGCAUUUGUAUCUAUAUAAAUAUCUAUGUAAUUCCAUGACCUUAUAUUACGUGCAUUUUUAUCAUAACUGACAAAUAUUUGUCUUUUCCGGGCAUGACACAAGAAAGGUCACAUGGUUAUUUUUUGUAUUCAUCAUCAAAUCAGAAUACAGGUAAGAUGACGAGGAAUACAGGAAAGUAGAGCGAGAAAGACAAAUUACACGUAUUCUUCUCCGAUAGAGCUUUCCUAGGUGUGUAAAUGUUUGCAGUUAGUGUUUUAAUUAACAUUCUUAUGACUCAUAACUUGUUUCGCCGCUUUUUUUAGUGACCGUGUCAGUGUUUUACGCGAUCGUGUACGGGUUAUAAACACGACCGGGUCAUCAUAUAAAAAUAUAAGAAACUAUAAUUUACGAUUUUGUGGUUCAUUUUAAGGUUAGAAAUGUAUGCAUUUUCUGUUAGUAUGAUCCUUUGCUCGUGUAGUUCAGUAGUUAUAAUUCGGAUAUUAACAAAAUGUUUCGCGAUAGCAUGGGGCACAAUAAUGUAGGCAUCAAAAUUGAAAUUCACCACGAUUCUCCCCCCCCCCCCCGCCCCCCUUCCCCCCAACCCCCCUUGUCUUUCUAUAUAUCGUUUAUUUUGAUUUUAACAUACAAGGUCAAAACAUCCCCCACCCCUCUAUUAUAGCAUGUGACGGAUCCCUGUGCUGAUUUAACAUUGAAUUUCGGAAAAGGACUGCAUAACAGGUUAACCUACAUAAAGGGGACAGUUCAACGCCUUUAUUAUCCAUUUUCAAGGAACUGUUAUAUAUCAUCAUUUAAAUGCAUUUGCAAUAAUGUCCCAGUGCUGAAUUGCCACAUAACUAGAUGAAAAGUAGUUUUCAGCUAUUUCUUUACAAAUUGCAUUCAUUUUAAAUGGGCCCACUUUUUCAAAAUUGUUUUAGUAUUCACCAUACGGGACAGAACAGCAGAACAUAUAAUUGUCAGAUAGAUUGUUGAUAAAGGUAGUUCGUUUAUCAAAUAUGUCUGUGUUUUGAUCAUAUACUCCUAACCCGCAAUUUGUUCUCCACAAGUAACUGACAAUUAACCCGCAUGAAUCAAUAAGUCGUUACUGAGAACUGAUGCCUGUCGGAUGUCGUAAUUAAGCUUUUCUGACUUAGGAUAUUGUACCCGACCCAUUGUGUACAGCCAGAUGAAGAUCGUCGAACGACUAUCGCAAGGUGAUCAUAUUGUUUCGCGUCAAAUUUAAGCUCUCAAAAAACAUUUUCCACAGACCUACAUGCACUUUUCAUUUUCAUUUUCAUAAAACUUUCAUAUCUGAGACAAUUGUUACAUGUAUGAUUAAGAAUUACCUUACACCCUUAUCUACUACAGAAUAGCACGCCUUUCUAAUUAAUUGAUAUAAGCCUAGACGUCGGAAUUUUCCUAAUUUGUUUGUUUCAAUUUUACAGAUACCACAAUAGUUGUUAAUUUUUAUUUUUGUUAAAAUAUUUAUAUCCUGUAAAUAUGAAGCGUAUUCUUUGUUCGAAAUUUGUUAUUUUUAUGAAUGUUGUUAAAACAGAAACAUUAAAAAAGACACAUGUGCAUAAAAUUAUUGUGUACUUUUAUUUUGAAACGUACCUGUAGAACCAGCUGUAUCAUGGACGGUUAAUG